GGAGCAGCCAUUUUUAACGGUCGUUUUGUCUAGCUUGUUAGUCUAGACUGUGAGUCUGUUGCUGUUAGAUAAUUUUAACUAAAACCUUAAACCAAAAGACUAAUCUUUAAUUUAAAAUGACUAAAUUGUUCAACUUUUGUUUUCUUUUAAUUUUAUAUCCUUGUUACAUUAAAGCUGGUGGAUCUUAUUCUGAUCUGCAUCCAACUUCACCAGAAAGGUCAGUUAUUGCCAACCUAUUUGAAUGGCGUUUUGAUGAUAUCGCUGAAGAAUGUGAGACUUUCCUUGGUCCUUAUGGAUAUGCUGCUGUACAAGUCUCGCCUGUUCUUGAAUAUGCUGUUUUAAACAAACCUUAUUAUGAACCAGCAGCGGUACGACCUUGGUAUGAACGAUAUCAACCCGUCAGUUAUAAGAUAAUCUCUCGAAGUGGUGAUGAAGCUGCCUUUACCAACAUGGUUGAUAGAUGUAACAAGGCUGGUGUUCGUGUAAUUGUUGAUCUCGUCCUUAACCAUAUGACUGGUGCUAUUGAUGGUGUUGGAACCGGAGGAUCAACGUUUAAGGGUCAAUCAGAUAAGUCAUAUCCAGGUGUACCUUAUGAUCAAUCUCAUUUCAAUUCAAAAGAAAAAUGUGGAACCAGUGAUGGUUCUAUUCAAGAUUAUAACAAUCCUUCUCAAGUACGAAACUGUGAACUAAGUGGUCUUCAUGAUUUGGAUAAUGGAAAUGAACACGUAAGACAAGUACAAAGCGAUGCAAUUAAUCGUCUAAUUGACAUUGGUGUUGCUGGAUUCAGAAUGGAUGCAUCAAAGCAUAUUUGGCCUGGUGAUCUUAAAGCAAUAUUUGAUCGCGUCCACAAUUUAAAUACGGCUUACUUCCCUGAAAACAGUCGCCCAAUCCUUUGCCAUGAAGUUCAACCAGGCGGAGCCGUCACAAUGGCAGAAUACACACCAUUAGGUCGAGUCUUGGAAUUCAAUUAUCGAUCAUCUAUUGUUGACGUUUUCCGUGGUAAUAAUGGACAAAAGUUAAGAUGGUUAAAGAACUUUGGCGAGGGCUGGAAUUUUGUUAAAAGUGGUGACGCAGUUCCAAUGAUUGAUAAUCAUGAUCUUCAAAGAUCCGACGUUUACAAAGGAAUCAAUUUCCGUUCAAGUCGCCUCUAUAAACUUGCUACUGCAUUCAUGUUGGCCUGGCCCUAUGGUGUUCCCAAUGUAAUGAGCAGUUACGACUGGCCCACUGAUAUGCAAGGAGAUACCGAUAAAAACAAAUAUAUGGGACCACCAGCUGAUGAUCAGCAAAACAUUAAACACGUUAUCAGAAAGAGUGAUUUAAGUUGCGAAGCACCAUGGGUUUGUGAACACAGAUUCAAGCCGAUCUACAGUAUGGUCAAAUUCCGAGCAGUUGCUGGAAAUGAACCUGUAGCCAAUUGGUGGGAUAACGCCAACAAUGCUAUUGCAUUUAGUCGUGGCUCAAAGGCUUUCAUUUUCAUUAAUAAUGAACCAAAUAGCAUUACUCAAACAUUCCAAACAAGUUUACCUGGAGGAACUUAUUGUGAUAUCAUUACUGGGGACAAGAAAGACGAUUCAUGUACUGGUAAAACUGUCAAAGUUGAUUCAAGUGGUAAAACAACGCUAACUGUUGAUGGAUCCAAAGACGAAACUCCAAUCAUUGCUAUUCAUGUUGAUGCCAAGAUAAUGACGACGACGAUAUCAAUCACUGGAUCUUCAGAUAAGUCUGAAUCUCAUCAUGAUAAAGCAGCUGGUGAUAAAGCAAUUCUCGAUCACUGUGCAGUGUGUAUCCAAUCUUUAUACAAACGAAAAGUUGAUUUGUAAUUCUAUUUCUUCAAGUGAAUAAAAGAGCAAAAACACUGAAAACAAUAAAACAAAUGGUAGUUAUUGAUCAAA